ACAGGACCCCGAUCGACUCUCUGAUACGAUUCAAAGCGACAUGCAUACAAUGGUACGCUCUCUUCAACGACAAGAGAUUCAUCGACAAUCACUUGGAUCUCUUAUAGAAACGAUCCAUACGAAUUUAUCAUGAUAAGGUUGAAAUCAUGAAUCCGGUGACCUUAGAUCUCUUAUGUCUACCAGUUUCCCAAGAGUUUGGUUUUGGUAUUUUGCAUACUACCGUUUCUGUUAUUCACUGCUCCAAAGUUCCGAUUUCUCCAAGGAGACAUUCAAGCCCAUAUGUUCGUGGCCUGUUGAGGAUAGGGUUGAUUAUGCCUGGUGUGUUCCUCUUGAUUUAUCCGCCUUUUCAGGUUUCCAAGAAGAUAGGCUUUCUUUGUUAUAUCAAUACGCUGGAGCCAAAACAAGAGAUAACCAGGUGUGAGUCACAAACAAGGUGACUGAUGAGGUUGUCUCAUGGAGUAAGUAUUUUAUUGGCUCAUGCAUGUUCGUUCUAAGCUUUGUUUUGGUCUUUCUAUAUUCGUGUGUUACAUAUUUUGUAUAAUACAACUAUGAUAUGGUGCACUUC